GUGACAUCAUCACAGGUCCUACGCCUCCAGCAUCCAGCAGAUACAGAGCAGGUCCUGAUCGAGCACAUCGUGGAAAGAAGAUUAUAUGAGGAGGAGUUGACCCAGUUGUCUCCUGAAUGACCCCCAAGGAUGGACAAGGACAGGAAUGAGAUGACUAAGAGAAUAUUACACUUCACCUUGGAGAUCCUCCACCUGCUGACCGGAGAGGAUUACACCAAAGUGAAGAAGACAUGGGGGGAGUGUGUGGCCCCCAGCAGCCAUCUCCAUGAGUCAGGAGGACGGAAGAGGGCCCGGGGCCCCAUCACGGAGCCUCCACUUCUCUCACCGAUACAUGAGGAGAAGAUCCUAAAACUCAUCCACAGGAUCACUGAACUGCUGACUGGAGAGGUUCCUAUAAGGUGUCAGGAUGUGGCGGUCUAUUUCUCCAUGGAGGAGUGGGAGUAUGUAGAAGGACACAAGGAUCUGUACCAGGACAUAGUCAUGAUGGAGGAUCACCGGCCCCUCACAUCACAAGAAAAUCCCAGUAAGAAUUCUGAGGGAAACUUCAUGUUAUCCCUGAAUGAUAAAGGAGAAGAUGAAGAUAUGAUGGAGCGCUCCUCAGGAGAAGACCUCCUUACCCCUAAUGUCCAUCCAGAUCUAUCCUAUAAUAAUCCACCUGAUCAUGAGGAACCUUCUCCUGACCAACCACACAUUGUUACCACAAGGACAGAGCAGGAACAUGGGAAAGGUUUAUAUUGUGAGGAAUGUGGGAAAGAGUUUACAAAAAGAUCAGAUCUUGUUAUACACCAAAAAAGUCAUAAAGGAAAGAAGCAGUAUGUGUGUUCAGAAUGUGGGAAAUGCUGCAUAAGUCAAUCAGCUCUUAUUAUACAUGAGAGAAUUCAUACAGGGGAGAAACCAUAUUCAUGUUCAGAAUGUGGGAAAUGCUUUAACAGUAAAUCACAUCUUGUGUUACAUGAGAGAAUCCAUACAGGGGAGAAGCCAUAUUCAUGCUCAGAAUGUGGGAAAUGCUUUAAAAGUAAAUCACAUCUUGCUAUACACGAGAGAACUCACACAGGAGCUAAGCCAUAUUCAUGUUCACAGUGUGGAAAAUGUUUUACAAGAAAAUCCCAUCUUGCUAGACAUGAGGGAAUUCACACAGGAGAGAAGCCAUAUUCGUGUUCAGAAUGUGGAAAAUGUUUUAUAAGUAAAUCAGAUCUUAAAUCACAUGAGAAAAUUCACACAGGAGAUAAGAAAUAUUCAUGUGCAGAAUGUGGAAAAUGCUUUACACGGAAAUCUUAUCUUAUAUUACAUGAGAGAACUCACUCAGGAGAGAGGCCGUUUUCAUGCUCAGAAUGUUGGAAAUGUUUUACACAGAAAUCACAUCUUGUUAAACACGAGAAAAGUCACACAGAAGAGAAACCAUAUUUAUGCUCAGAAUGUGGAAAAUGUUUCAGACAUAAAUCAUAUUUUGUUAUACAUGAGAAGUUACAUAAAAGAGAAGUUGUAUCCAAUGUUGGAAAUGUUUAAUAAGUAAAUAACAACUUUCCAAAAUCUAUGCUGGGAAUCUGGGAAAUGUUUAAUAUGUUCAUCACAAAUUUAUGCCGGGAAUGUGGGAAAUGUUUAAUAUGUUAAUCACAAAUUUAUGCCGGGAAUGAGGGAAAUGUUUAAUAAGUUAAUCACAAAUUUAUGCUGGGAAUGUGGGAAAUGUUUAAUAUGUUAAUCACAAAUGUAUGCUGGGAAUGUGGGAAAUGUUAAUUCUUGUUAGACAUGAGAGAAGUCACACAGGAGACUGAUAGAGAGAAUGAUAAAUCAUAUUGUUUAUAAAAACAUAUAGAUCUCAGGUAACGCAGCAAAAUGUUCUGUUUUUAUAAUAUAUACUCAAGAAUAAACUUUAUAAUUAACCC